CAGCAGGAAGUCGAUACGUGGCCGCCGCUUGUCCCCGCCGAGGAGGCGCAGCAGCCGGAGAUGGCGGCGGUGCUGAACGCAGAGCGACUCGAGGUCUCCGUCGACGGCCUCACGCUGAGCCCGGACCCGGAGGAGCGGCCCGGCGCAGAGGGCGCUCCGCUGGUACCGCCGCCGCCCUCGCCGCCCGGGGCGGGCCGGGGGCCGGGAGCCGCGGGGAAGCAGCCGGAUCCCGGGGAGGCGGCGGCCGGGGGCGCGGCGGAGGAAGCGCGGCGGCUGGAGCAGCGCUGGGGCUUCGGCCUGGAGGAGCUGUACGGCCUGGCGCUGCGCUUCUUCAAAGAAAAAGAUGGCAAAGCCUUUCAUCCAACUUAUGAGGAAAAACUGAAGCUUGUGGCACUGCAUAAGCAGGUUCUUAUGGGUCCAUAUAAUCCAGACACUUGUCCUGAGGUUGGAUUCUUUGAUGUGUUGGGGAAUGACAGGAGGAGAGAAUGGGCGGCCCUGGGAAACAUGUCUAAAGAGGACGCCAUGGUAGAAUUUGUCAAGCUCCUAAAUAGGUGUUGCCAUCUCUUUUCAACAUAUGUUGCAUCCCACAAAAUAGAGAAGGAAGAACAAGAAAAGAAAAGGUUAGAAUCUCUUCCAGCGAUAGCAGCUCCGUCCAUGUGGACCCGACCCCAGAUCAAAGACUUUAAAGAGAAGAUUCGGCAGGAUGCAGACUCCGUGAUCACAGUGGGCCGAGGAGAAGUGGUCACUGUUCGAGUCCCGACCCAUGAAGAAGGAUCAUACCUCUUUUGGGAAUUUGCUACAGACAAUUAUGACAUUGGCUUUGGGGUGUACUUUGAAUGGACAGACUCUCCGAACACUGCCGUCAGCGUGCAUGUCAGCGAGUCCAGUGAUGACGACGAGGAGGAGGAAGAAAACGUCAGUAGUGAAGAGAAAGCCAGAAAGCACGCCGCCAAGCCUCUGCUGGACGAGAUUGUGCCUGUGUACCGGCGGGACUGUCACGAAGAAGUGUAUGCCGGCAGCCACCAAUACCCAGGGAAAGGGGUCUACCUCCUCAAGUUCGACAACUCCUACUCUUUGUGGAGGUCAAAGUCAGUCUACUACAGAGUCUAUUAUACUAGAUAAAGACGUUGUUACAGAGUCUGGAGUCUAGGGUUGGGCAGAAGACAGCAUUUAGUUUGGAAUUUCUUUUGACUUUUGUGGAGCAUUGCAGUCAGUGUUUACCCUCUUGGAUUUUGGUCUGAUGGCUGGUGAACUCUUGUUGGGACUCGGGGUUCCCUUGAGACCCUUUAGCAUUAAUACUCUGGGGCUCGGGGGCUUCCUCAGAGCCCUCCAGCCCUUGGGUGCUGACCACCAGAGUCACUAAUGGAUGCUGAAGUUACAGGAGCUAUGUGUUAAAUCUUUAAGGUCUCCAAAAUAAAACCUCCCCACGUUGACCCCACCUGGCCGAUGGUGAGUCCGUUGCUGCCUGCUCCAUGUGUCUUAUGAGAGCCCGUAGUUACCGUGACUGCUGAUGGGACAUCCUCAUGUCAGUAGUCUCCGUGAGGUGCAGCUGACUUUGAUGAAGGUCAUCAUUUUUAAAGCUUAAAAACUCAAGACCUCACAGAUGAUCAUAGACAGAUUGCCUCAAUUUGAUUUUGUUCUGAACAACCCAGAUUGUUUUUGCUUUGAGUGCAGCUGUUCAGUUCAGAGUUGUAUGACAGAGAAUUAUUUUCUGAGAUAAUCUUAAGAAUGUUCAGAGCUGAUUGAUAAUCGAACUAUCAAGACACCUAGAACACCUCAGACAUCCGUCUUAGCAAGCGUCUGCUUGGUCUUUUGCUUUUCCUCUGGUCCUCACUCUGCCGGUAACAAAGCAGAACUAACUCCUUUUUGUCUUGAUUGGGCUUUUAUAGAGUACCUCAAAUUGAAACUGUUUUCUACACAAGCAGAUAGGUAGGGGUUUUAUAAACUCGAAUUGGCACCUACUGAAUUAAAAUAUAUAAAAUCACUCAAAUAUAAUUCGGUGUGUGGGGAGUAACAUUGCACUCAGUGGGAAUGACUGCCAGAGACAGUCCGUUUUCUCUUCGUGUGUUAAUACGUAGGCACAGACCCUACACAGUUCCAUUUGGAGUUGCUUACUAGAGAGGAUUGGAGACGCAAAUGCCCAUGCUUAAGUUUUUUUAUUGCUUUAAUCUGUAUUAUGUCUUCAUAGAUGGGAAGAGGUACAUUUUUGUUUUCCUUACUGAAAACAAAUAUGGAUUAAUUGCCUCAUGUUUGUAUAAGUGAUCGACUAGUGUAGAGAUUCUUGUUUUCAGAAGGGAGGGGUGGUAUAGCUAGAAAGCGACAAAGACAGCAAUACACACGUAAUGUUACUAUAUGUUGUUACUGAAAUACUUAGAUUUUUACAAUUUCAAAUCAUAAAUCACUUCUCGUAGGAGGGUCUCCAUUGAUUAGCUGCGGUAUAUACAGUUCACUACAUGAGGGGCUGUUGGUUUUUGUGUGCUGCAUUUCUGUUUUUUAAUACCUGGUUUUGUACAUACCUAACUCUGUUCUCUUUUGGUUACUCAGAAACUGGAUUAUUUUCUCCUAAGCAGUGCUUAAUUUGUGUUUUUUAAUUCUGAUUCACUAGUUCCAGCUCAGAGGUGUCCACACUGUUCUGUCUAGAACACUUUGAGGCUCUCCAUCAGCUCUCAUGUAUAUAUGGUAGAGAAACCAUGGGGUUAGGCACUUCUUGGCUUUUUUUUUUUUUUUUAAUGAGAAAAUACUGUAUUUAAAAUGUAAAAUAAACUUUUAAAAAGCAGGCACUAAUAUAUAUUUCUCCCAGCCUUUGAUUACAGAUUUGUCCUUGCACAUGUUAAGGUAAAUUAUCUUCUAAAAAUAUCAUUGUUCUCGGGAGCAGUGUAUGUCACUUUACACAGCAGUGGUUCCUGUCAUAUGUGCUCAUGUCAGAACAUUUUUUGGUUUUAAACUUUUUUAUUGCCUUUGGCUGUUGAUUAGUACAGUACAAGUGCGAUUUCAAAAAGAUCUUGAAAAUAAUAUAUUUAAUCAAUUAAAAUGUUUAUCUGUAAUCCA